UGUUCGCCACGGUCAGAUUCGGAGCCAACUGCCAAGAAAUGGUGAACCUGCUCUGCUCUGUCCAGACCCUCACAGGCCACCUGAAGUGGAAGUGUCAGUGCAAGCCUGAAGACUGCAUCGAUCUUGUGGAUGAAAAGGGCACCCUGAUGAACCUGAGCAAAGUGGAAGAUCCUGCAUCUGACUAUGCCAGUAAAUACCUGCAGGGAAGGCAGCGCUACGUCCUCGUCAGAGCUGCCCGAGAAGAAAACUCUGAAGCCAUCUGCUAUGAAUCCUUGCUUAAGGACCUGGGGAAACACUACCCUGACCUCCCAGAUCGGCUGCAGCAGCUCUCAGAAAAGACUCAGAGGACAGAGCAGAGGAAGAAGGGUUCCUUGCAGAGGGCUCAGCCUCACACCAGCACCCGAGCCAGGAACAGGACCACCUCACAGAGCAAGAGGAGCUUGGAACACAAGAGCACCCCUAAAUGAGGAACAGGCCCAUUGCUGGUCAGCCAGGCAGCACAGCCUCCACCAGGGCCCAAACACCUGCCCAGGCUCUCAUUCCAGCACAGCAGAGUCCCCUGCCACUGAGCCCCUCUCCCUGGGAUCCCCUGCCCCCCCAGAGCUUCACUACUCCAUCCCAGGCUGCACCCUGGCAAACCCAGCAUCACAGCACAGGGACCCACACCAUCCUCCUGCUUCAGGGGUCUCGUGUUCCCUGCCAUGGCCUGCACUCCCCAGAGACAGGGACCUACACCUCCCUCCCACCCACUGCACUCCCCAGGCACAGGAACCUGCACCUCCCUCCCACCCACUGCACUCCACAAGGACAGGAACCUGCACCUCCUUCCCACCCACUGCACUCCCCAGGGACAGGGACCUGCACCUCCCUCCCACCCACUGCACUUCCCAAGGACAGGGACUGCCCACUGCAAUCACCUGGAAAAGCUGCUCCAGAGACAGCCAGGCACUGAGACACAGACAGACAGAAGCAGCACUCUGCCAAGAUGGGUGAAAGGCAGAACACACCUGCUGCUGGCUCUCCUUAACACCUUCUCCACCCAGAGCAACACACCAACAGCCUAAUACACUUAUUUCUCAAAGGGAGUGGAACAGCUUUGGAAUGGUUCCUCCCUGCUCUGGCAUCUAGUUUUUCCCUUGGCUGUCUCUAAAGAGAACACAAGACACCCCUGAUAAGGCCAGGCACAGCUCAGGACAUCUCUACCAAGAACUUAAGACUCUGACAUUUAGAAGGGGCAGGAUUUUCAACAUCUCCAGUAUCUGCUAACAGCAUUUACCAUCGAGAUUUCCUCAAAGACCCCAACAAGGGGCUGAGAACUUGUCCUUUAUUCAACAAUCAGAUCAAAAGGUUAAAAGACUCAUUCUGCCAUGAAAAAUGCAUUAGUUAAGCACCUGAAAGUGUCCUGACUUCACUGCUGUGCCACUCAAACUCCAGCUGGAACCUCAGAAUUCCCUUUUAGACCAGCGUGAGGAACAGGGUGUCCUGCUGGAGGCCACGGGCAGCAAUCACGAGGCUGAGCUGCCAAGGUGACUGAAGAGGAAAGCAGCUCCAAACUUCCCCUGAUGCCAGUGACCUUGAGAACAUUGCAUAACCUGCUAAAGCUUUAAAGUCAGAUCGGCCACUUGUACCCACAGGCAGACAGGUCACACUCUUAGCUCUGAGGGCAGGACAGGGACUCAGGAAGAGGAUAUCUAUAGAGAAGUAAUUUGUCACUGAAAAUACCACGGGACACGUGUGGGCUUACCUCUCUGCAGCCUCUCCUCUGCCUGGAGGGUAGCCAGUGUCUGGAUCCCCUUCUGCCAAGUCAUGCAGGCCCAGCCCCUGUUUGCAGGAAGUUCACACUUGUGCCUUGUCCUUUGGCUGACAAUGUUAAUGCUUUGGUAGCUUGAUUUUAGCUUGAGAAUUAAAUAAAGAACAUGCACAGGUGGUAGGUCCAAAUAAAUUCUUUUAUUUCUCUGUAAUAAAUACAGUGCUAUC